UGUGUCAGGCAGGAGGUGAUAUUUGAAGGGCUGCGGGCACGGGCUGCCAAGCCAGGGCGCCAGGCAGAGGGUGAGAGCAUGGCCUCCCGGGACCCGCCCGCCACCAGCCAUGCCCCCCCUGACGUGCCCCCCGGGGUCUCGCUGUUUCUCACCAUCCCCUACGCCUUCUUCUUGCCCGAGCUGAUAUUUGGGGUCUGGGUCUGGAUCCUGGUGGCAGCCACGCAGGUAGCAAGCCCACUGCUACAAGGAUGGGUGAUGUACGUCUCGCUCACCUCCUUCCUCAUCUCCCUGAUGCUCCUGUUGUCUUACAUGUUUGGAUUUUACAAAAGAUAUGAGUCCUGGAAAAUUCUGAUGCUGGGCAUAGAGCUCAAAGUCCACAGUCCGGCCCAAGGUGGAGUCCUGCUUUCAAGAUGGAGCCUGUUCUGUCUGUUUCCUCCUUCAAAUGGACAUGAGUUUGAGCAAACUCCAAGUGACAGUGAGGUGGUUGCCAAACCACGAAAGACACCGGAAUUCUUGGCCUCCAGAGGAGAAGAAUUCAACCCGAGGCCAGUGACGAGGCUGAUCGCUCAGAACUUUAGUGACAGCCUGUAUCACGGGACCACGGGCAUCCUGUACAUGAGUGCCGCCGUGUUACAAGUGCACGCCACCAUCAUGUCAGAGAUCCAGGACCUGAAAAACUACUAUAUAAACACCGCGGCCUCGUUCUUUGCCUUCAUCACCACCCUGCUCUACAUCCUGCAUGCCUUCAGCAUCUAUUACCACUGAAGAAGCAGGGGGCCAGGCGAUGUGGAAGAUGCUUUUUCAAAACCAGGAGUGUCAGCUUCCAAAAGUGGUUUUCAACCUUCACCAUCUGGAUGAUAAACAGCUCACCAACGAUGACAUCAUGGGAUCCACAGACCAUCUUUUCAGACUGAGCGAUGAAAUCACACGCUGGCAGAUCUGUUUGGACAUUUUAAUUCAUUGUGAUGAAUAUGAAAAGGCUGGUUGGGGGGGAGGACUUUGUUGUUGUUUCAUUUUGUUUUGUUUCGCCCAGGGAAAGUAAUUGUCUCUUGGGAUUUUCUGACAGUGACCCUCGCUCUUCUAGAAAACUAACAUCUUAUGCGGAAAAUUCCAGGUCUACCAUCAUCGUGCCUGUUUGGGCAUCUGCCUCGGCAACGAGCUUCCCCACAGCUGACUGAUGAGAACCUUCAUUAUUUUCUUAAAAUCAAAAUGGUGCUGUCAAAGCCUUCAGUUCUGAAGAACCACAGACCUUGCUCCUGCCCCGCGAUCCUGCCUCUUUGUUGCAGAGGUGGUACAAACCAGCUGCCCCCUCCCACACUGCCUGACUCCAGUUCAUGUCCACUUCCUCUUUCCUCUACAGUUUUAGGAGCCAGGGGAAAUCUGAGGGUAGAUUUGUGGGGAAAAUAAGGGCCCGACUACAAAAUUGUUAUAUACCAAGACCUGGGAGGGGAGGAGGGGUCGGACAGGGAAGGCUGUAAUCCAUUUUUCCAAUUCUCCGUAAGUCAGGCUGCUCAGAGAACUUCAGGGCUGCAGGACGCCUGGGUCAGGCCUCCAGACCCCCCUCCCUGUCCCUCAGAAAAGACCAUCAAGGAACCAAGAAGGGCAUUAUGUGCCAGGAUUCUCCUCUGGGCUCCGGUCACACGGAGGAUAUCAAGGAGGCUGGAAAGGACCCCAUCCCAGGGUCCCUGCUCUUUCGCAAGCCUCCUCCCCACAGUGGUCCAGAUGGGGGGCGGGGCCUGGACCGUCCAGCCAGCCUCCUGCAGUGAAGGGCUUCCAGGGGCCUGGGACACGGGCAUUCUCUGAGAAAAGGCACAGAGAAAUGUAAAAUCACAGUGCUGGAUACCCAACUAAAUUGUUUUCAAAGGCAGGCUGUGCCGUCUGGUGUUUCCGGCCCCGUGCUGGGGUCCAGGCGUUUGUCUGGCUCAGACUCUGAGGAUAGCCAGGGCUCAGCCCCCCAACUGCAUGGACCUGCUGCCAGUCUGAAAUGAAAUAAGUUAUUAUGUGGGAGUGAUUUGUCUGAGCCAGUUCGAGGGCUUACAGUUUUGGAUUGACUUUUUUCUGCUUCUGGGGGAGAGAGGGUCAGGAAGGCGGGGAGAUCACCAGAGAAAACAUUGGCUUCAUGCCUUGACAGCUCACCUUCUAAUCACCCCGUAGCUUGAAAAGCCACUGUUCAUCUGUGACUUUCCAGCUUGCCAUCUGUCUGGGAUAUUCAGUAUUUCCUGAGCAGUCACAUCCAAAUAAAAGUGGUUUCUAUAGUGAAA